AUGAACCCCGCUGGACAAUCGCCGUCGACGAGGCAGACUCCCAAGAGGAAGGCGGCACAGAAGAGUGGGUACAGCACUGGCAGUAGGAGUGGUGAUGGUGGUCAGAGCAAAGGAGGUCAACACAAGACCACCCGAGGAGGAGGAGCUAGUACUGCCCUUACCAGCAAGGACUUGGAAAAGGGUCCGUUUGCCAAGUUCGCUGAGAAAUGGUCGAAGGGCACGCCGAAAAAGGUUGAUUCUGCAUUCAUCGACAAGGUUGUUAGUAGCCUGAAGGAGGUGGAGUAUGAUACUAAGAAGAUGAGCAUACUGGAGUAUUCGGGAUAUCUCGAGAAGUACCUCUGGCCUCUCUUUGAUUCGGAUAAGGCAACGGACUCGCAUGUGUUCUCUAUCAUCUUGAUGUUGAACGAGAAGUUCAGGACCUGUACUUUUCAACCCUGGGACUCCUUAACUAGUGAUGAUCCACAGAAGGUAGACGCGUUCUUCCAGCGAGUGUUCAAACUGUCUAAGCUGGAGGACCGAGAAAAGGCCAUGUGGAUCCAAUUCCUCGAUAAUGCGUUCCUAUCGUUGGAGGUAGAUGAAGUAUGCCAGGCAUGCCUCCGCUUGGUGGGAUUGCCUUGUUGGUUGAUGCUCAGUGAAUCAUAUCGAGAGUUUGCCCUACGUGAGGCCCAAACAAGGGUGCAGAAGAGGUUCAAGUCGAUGAAGAAGAAAUACUCUGAUGCCGAGCCUGGUUCGAAGAAGUACGUUGAGGUACAUUUCAUACCCGAUCUGAUAGACAGCUUCUUCGACUGGAUGCAAGGCCUUACGGAGCUCACUAAGGCCGGAAUGAUGUAUAUGGAGCGGUUUAUCGAGUUCCUUAUUGACCUACAGAGCCAGCUACCAACGAGGCGUUUCACUCGCCCUCUACUGCAUGAUAGGAUGUUCGUUGAUAGAGCUAAAGCAUAUGAUAUUGUGAAGUCUAAUGCAGACUCUCUCAAGUUGUUCAUGCAGUUGAUUGAUAUACUGGAUUUCUAUGAGAAUUUUGAGGUUAACGACUAUACUGCUGAGCACCUAGACAAGACUCAUGUUGAGCAACGCCUUUAUUUUUCCCAUGACCACUUCCGGCAAGUAUGCUUUGAUGCACCUGAAGACAAGGAGCCCGUGAGAGACCUCGGUCUCCUGGCUGCACGAAAUCUUGAUACCGAGAGUAAGAUAACUUCAGCCCUGUCUCGAGUUAGUGAUGAUGAUCUCGUGGACCUUUGUGCCGCAGCAUGCAGAGUGGACAGGAAUAAGCUCCUGGAGUACUCCGAGUCUCUUGAUCCUCAAGGCUCCAAAGAAGAAGACCCCGCCAGGGCACGAAAAAAGAGCCGUGGUUCGCAUAUCUCUAGGCUUCGAAAACUGUGUGUUGAUGCGUUGGUCCAUGAUCUGGCUGAGAGACGUAGCCAGCUAGAGUACAUUAACGGCUUGCCACUGUUCCCAGACGAGAAGCUCCUAUGGGAUCCCAAUCUGGUGCCAUCAGAACACUACUCGGGGGAGUAUUCCCUCGCUCUACCCAAACUAAACCUCCAAUUCCUUACCAUAUCUGAUUAUCUGUUACGCAACUUUAAGCUUUACCGUCUGGAGUCUACCUAUGAGAUUCGUGGUGACUUCGAGGAUGUGAUACCGAGACUUAAUAUGACACGUCAGACUGCAGAUGGCCCUGCUCGGAUCAUGGGCCAGUCACGUAUGGCGGUCGAGUUGAAGGGUAUUACGAUAGUCAAUGUGAGGAGUCCUAAUGUUGGAGAAACUAUUCCCAGUGAAGUCCGAGCGGAGAUAACGUACUCGCUACGUAAUGUCCUACCUCAUGUAAAGCAGGAAUGGGAUGAGCUCCGUGAACACGACUGUGUAUUCAUGCUAUCAGUAGACGAGGGAUAUACUACUCGUGAGGCUUCAACUCGCAUUGGUUCAUGUCAGAUCGAUCCACCAACCCGAGACAAGGGGUUCAAACCAAAGAACCUCCGUGAGCUCACCAUAUCAGAUUUCCCGGACUAUUACGGUGUUAAAAAGGUGCGUGGUGCUGUAGUUAUCGAGCUCCUUGAUGAAGAGGGGAAUGUCCUUUCCGAGUAUAAUAAAAAGGAGCCUGUAGGGGAUCUCAGAACUCUCAAGGUGCAUCUAGAUUGUGCACAGUAUGCAGCAGACUUGAAUAACAUGGAGGCAGAGAUAUACUCCCAGUUCAAUGUGUUGGUCCGGCGCAAGGCCAAGGAGAACAACUUCCGUUCAGUGUUGGCCACUAUUAGAGGCUUGAUGAGUAGCCCCGAUACGGUGAUCCCUGACUGGCUGCAUGAUCUCUUCCUUGGUUAUGGCGAUCCAUCUAGUGCUAACUAUCGUCAGCUCAAUCCAUCUCGAUCAACCAUCGACUUCCGUGAUACCUUCGUUAGUAAGGAACAUCUCUUAGCGGUGUAUCCCAACUGUGAUAUGACCGAGGCCGAUCAGCCACCGUACCAGGUGUUCUUCGCCCCGGAGGAGAAGGAGGACGGGACUAGCAUGGAAUCCAUGAAGGCGAAGAGUGUUGUACCAGAAGUCCGAAGCCCCUUCCCACAACACCAACCCAAGAAGAAUACUGUACCGUUUACUAAGACGCAGGUGGAAGCUAUACGUAGUGGGGUAUCUAUCGGCCUUACAAUGGUCGUUGGACCUCCAGGCACUGGUAAAACCGAUGUGGCAGUGCAGAUAGUUAAUCUGUUGUAUCACAACAAUCCCAAUCAGAAGACAUUACUGAUCGCUCACUCCAAUCAAGCUUUGAAUGACCUAUUCACGAAGAUCCAACAGUUGGAUAUCCCAGGAAGCAGGCUUCUACGACUUGGAAGAGGUCAAGAGUUGUUGGAACUAGAUGAGGAUUACUCAAAGAUGGGAAGAGUAUCAUACAUGUUGCAGAUGCGAUUGGAUCUGCUCGAAGAGGUCAAGAAGCUGGCUGUGGAAUUGGGUCAGAGCCCUGAGGAUAACGCCUUCUCGGUGGAGAAUGCAAUGCAGUUCUAUCGAUUCCAUGUCGUAAGAGCCUGGCAAGAGUAUUGUGCCUCUGUGAACGCCUAUAUAUCGGGAGGUGGCGCUAGGCAGGAGGAGGCAAAGGAUGCUAUCGUUAAUGCGAGACAGAAGCAACGAGAGAAGGCUGAGGAUGACGAAGUGAUGACAUCUGCACCGGUGCCUGGGAAGGUUGGUAAUGAUGUAUCGGGAGGUGAUCAGAAGCGGGAGGCGGAUAAGGCUGCUCUCGAGAAUCGCUCUAUGGCUGAGAUCAUGUUCCCUUUCCAGAGGUAUUUUGCCUCUGCUAUCGAUGGUAAAUGGAGUAAUGACAUCCAUAAGGACUUGGAACUAGCUACGGUAUGCUGGAGGCAUAUUGAGGAUAUGUUCACUCGCCUAGAAGAGACACAUCCGUUCGAGCUACUACGUAACUCCCAUGAUCGUGGUAUAUACCUCCUAACCACCCAUGCUAAGAUUGUGGCUAUGACCUGUACUCAUGCCGCUUUGGUCCGUGAUACCUUACUCAAGCUCUCUUUCCAGUAUGAUAAUAUUGUAAUGGAGGAAGCUGGACAGGUCCUGGAGAUCGAGACCUUCAUCCCGAUGCUACUGCAGAAGAAGAGUAGUGUCGAUAGCAAGUCGAGUAGGCUGAAGAGAGUGGUACUUAUCGGAGAUCACCAACAGCUACCACCUGUUGUUAAAAAUCGGGCCUUCCAGAGAUAUGGUAGAUUGGACCAGUCUUUGUUUGCACGCUUUGUCCGACUGAAGAGCCCCACCAUUAAUCUGGAUAUGCAGGGCAGAACCCGGCCUUCCAUUGCCAAUCUCUAUAGAUGGCGAUACCCAGGUCUCGGGGACUUGCCCAAUACUAGAACGGGCAAGGAGUAUAACGAGCUUGCUAACACUGGUCUUACAUACGAAUAUCAAUUUAUUGAUGUACCGGAUUUCGAAGGCCAAGGCGAAUCGAGUCCCUCUCCGUACUUCUACCAGAAUCUUGGAGAAGCUGAGUACUGUGUGGCAAUGUUCAUGUACAUGCGGCUCUUGGGAUACCCCGCCGAUAAGAUCACCAUUCUGGCGACCUACAAUGGCCAGAAGCAUCUCAUACGAGAUGUUAUCAAGUCUCGAUGCUCAUGGAAUCCUCUAUUCGGUCAACCUAAGACGGUCACGACUGUAGAUCGCUAUCAAGGUCAGCAGAAUGACUAUGUCAUCGUAUCUCUCGUACGCACCAACCAUGUGGGGCACAUCAGAGAUAUUCGAAGACUUACUGUGGCAUUAUCGCGGGCAAGGUUUGGUCUGUACAUAUUUGGCCGUCUUUCACUCUUCCGAGACUGUCUAGAGAUGGCACCAGUGUUCAAUCUGUUGCUUGCUGAUAGUAGACCUACGAAGCUUUCUCUGCAGCUCCGUGACAACAAUGGCAAAUACCCCACGUCUCGCUCGCUAAGUGACAGAGCUGGGGAGACUCUUGUCACAGAUGUGAAGGAUAUGUGGAAUGUCAUUCAUGGAGUGGUAAAUGCGCAAGCUAGUGCUUUGGAUCAAAGUGCACCUGCGGCGGGGGCCUCUAGUGGUAAGAAGGUCAGUAGCGGAGCAUCGAAGGGAGAUGUACAAGCGGGUGCGGUGCCUGAUGCUGCGACGUCCGGAGACACUUUAGAGGAUGAGUCGACGACUGGGAAGAAUGAUGGUGACGAUGAGCCAAUGCCACAGGCCGUAGAACAGAAGGAUUAAGCUGUGUGUGGUCUUUGGAGGGGCUGGUUACGCUAAACAUCCCAGGCAACGUUUAUAUCGGCGAUGA